AUGUUCGUACGCAUAAGGAACCCUUGGCUCCCCAACAACCAUCAGGCCAAACGCGAGAAAAAGCCGAAUCUCAGCAAGAUUGCGCGUCAAUGUCGAGUCUCUCGCCGGACCCUCUACAAUCGCAUGAAGAAGGGUGUGCGCCCUCGACCUACCAGAGCUACAAUUGACGAAUCUGUGCCUGAGACCGACCAAUCCGUCGAAACUCGUAUGAUCAAGGCCUGCGAGCGGCUAAACGCGAGACAAAUCCUAACCUCAGCAAAAUUCACUUCGCAUUGA